AAAAAAAAUGCUUUUUGAUCUAGUUAUGUUUUUGCGCGCAAACCACGGCGCUCGCUUGUCCGGAGUUGGCGACGACAUGAUUGGCAUGUUUGAUUUAGCGCUUGCGAAGGCUGAGCAUACUAUUGAUGAAUACGGCGGAUCCUACAUUUUCAAUAUUUCGCUCGAUCGUCUGAACAGGUGUCAGUCUGCCAACACCGAUUGCAAGUUGUUUUGGGCACACAUGCUUAUCGACUGUGCUUUGCUCCAAUCGCUCGAAUACAUAUUGCUCGGCGACAAAACAAAGCACAUGGUCAGCGUUUUGAACAACCUGGAUCGGGCCAUCAUCGUUGGUGGGGCAUCCAUGAAGCGCCUGCACUGGAUACAUCGCGUGCACACGGUAAACAUUAACAAUAAAAUUGCUGUUGACUUGAAGUUUCCUUUGUCCAGAUAUUCUGUGGACGAGUAUUUGCGCAUGGCCGUUGGUCACCACCGGUUGGUGCCUGUGGAGGUGGGUGCCAAGUACACGGACAGCGAAAUUGAUCCCUUUGGCCACUUUUUGGAUAACAGACUUUAUCCUUCGGCCAACAGUACAUCUAAACUCGAGUACUUGGCCCAACACGACCUCUUUGCUCAGGCAUUCAGGCUGAAGCGCGAUUUCUCACUGCCAGACUAUACUCAAGUGGAAACGGGGCGCCGCUCAAAUUUGGGGAUGUCCGAUGGUGACGUGGAGACCAACGUUUGGAUUGGCCCCUGUGGCACUGUAUCGCCAUUGCAUUAUGAUCAAUUUGACAACCUGUUUGCUCAGGUGGUCGGGUACAAGUACUUUAGACUAUAUAGUUCCGCCGAGUCGGAUAAUCUGUACCCACAUUCAAAGGAAUCACUGCUAGGCAAUACUAGCCGAGUAGACGUUGAGCAUCCAGACUUUGAGAAGUUCAGCGCGUUUGAAAAAGCCUCAUAUGUGGAGUGCGUGGUUAAACCCGGAGACUUGUUGUACAUUCCGCCGAGGUGGUGGCAUUUUGUGCGUGCGCUUAGCGUUAGUGCAAGUAUAAGUAUGUGGUUCUGACAUGCUUUCAAAUAAUAAUAAAUCCAUAAAUUAAAAAUAGUCCAGAUCUCGUUAAAUUUACAGCCGAUCAAACAAUUUCGAACAGCUCUAGACACAUGCACUUCAAUCAUUUGUCCGUGUGAGCGUGGGAUAAAUACAUCAUCCACUCAGCAUCCUGACCUGCAUAUGUCACUCGCAGUCUAGAUUCUAUUCAGGACAUAAUGGCAAGAUAGCGUGGGAAUUGUAAUUUUCUUACAAUUUCUUGAUAUUUUGGCCACUGGUGCCUGUCACUCUUUUCUUUUCAACUAGAC